ACGCUGUUGUAAUUUUUAUGUCGGAAGAGAACGGACGUGUGUGUGUUGGGGCCGCCGCCGCGCUUGCAAUUUGACUCUUCGACUUAAUAAAUAUAAAAUAGUACCAAUACAAAUCGUCGAGUGUGUGUGUGUGUUUGUUAAGCAAGUACAAAUUCGAAAAAUUUACAAACAUACCGGGCAUCGGAGUCGUUUUGAAAACAAAGUCUAAACUAUAAAAGCUAAAAUUAUAUAUUUUUUUUACAACUAUUAUUAUAUACAUACAUGUAUCUGCUGCGCGUGUGUGUGUGUGUGCCAACUAAAACGGCCUAAACAUAAGGUUACAUUUAUACUACAUAAAUAACACAUACAAUAUACAUGCGUACCUAAAAGGGAACAGUUAAAGCAACAGAGUCAAACAUAACCAACAAGACGACCGACGGAAGCAGAGACGAAGAGAAGAAGCCAAAAGACAGUGCGUGUGAAACUGUAAACCAAACCAAACCAAACCAACAUCGUUUCGUUUCGCAAUCCCGGGAAGGAAAAGCAAGCCCAAACACGCGCCCGCCCGUAAACGUAACUGUGUUCCCCUUCCACGCCGCCUAACUAAGCUAAGCUAACUUCCCCCCGCAAAAGACUCCACCACUAAAGUUGGCGUUGGCGUCAAGCUUUGGGCAGUAGCAGAAGCAGCGCAGCAGCAGUUGCCGCGCGUAGUAAUAGACGAAUAAAAACUAAGAAGAAGAAAAUUCAAAGCAAAUAGCAAAAGAAGGCAGCGCAGUCGCCGUCUACGCUGACGUACGUGCGUGUCUCUCUUACUCUCUCUCACUCAGGCAGUCAGUCAGUUCAGUUCAGUCGCAGUCGCGCGUGUAUGUGUGCAUAAGGUGUGGUGUGUAUACAAAAUCGAUUGAACUAACGCCGCCGCAGCCGCUGCUAACGUUAACGUUGACGUUGACGACGACGUUACGCGAUUUUCGACGCAUUUUUUUUCUAGUGCACAGAGAGUUGUUGCUUCAUACUUAUUUAUUUUUUUUUGUUUGUUGUUGCGUGGGUGUUGAGUGUGUGAGUGAACAUUUUGUGCAACUGCAUCAAUGAUGGAUAAAUCAACAGCAACGAACGCGGCCAAAGCCGCAACGGAUGCCAAUGGCCAAAAUGAGGCAGCAGCAGCAUCAACGGCGGCAGCAGCAGCAGCAACAACAGCAAAUGGCGCUGGGUGUGGCAAUAAUGCCACUAACAACAGCAGAAGCCACGUUAGCAGCAACAAUAGCAGCAGCACUAAUAACAACAACAAUACCAAUGGAAAUGCAAACGGCAGCAGCAACGCCUUGCAACGUUUAUCGCGAGCUGCGGCCAUGGUAGCAGCAGCAGCCACAACAAGUGCUCGUCUCACCAACAACAACAACAAUAACAAUAAUAGCUGUAACAGUUCCACAACCGUUGCCACAACAACAACAGCAGCAGCAGCAGCAGCAACGUCGACAGCAGUAGCUACAACUGGAAAUGGAACGGGAAUGGUAAUGAGGGGAAUGAGCACAUUAACUGAAACUGUUGGAACUACUGGCAGCAACAAUAACAACAACAACAACAACACAAUGAUUAACCUCAAUAUUAAUACCACAACCGGUGGCAAUUUUGGCGUCAGCGUUGAGCCGCACAUAAGCGUCGAGAGCCUCAAAAAGAUUGUGGCCAAGAAAUUGAAAGUGGCCAAGGAUCGCAUCUGUUUGCUGCAUCGUGAAAAGGAACUGCAAGAUGGCACGCUGAGAGAUCACAACCUCAUGGAUGGCUCCAAGAUCAUUUUAAUACCAAAUGUGGAAACUGGUUUAUUGGCACAGCGUCCGGAGAAUACAGUUAUGCAAGCGCUGGAAUCGCUUAACGACUCGCAGGUUAACGACUUUCUAAGCGGCAAGACGCCUUUGAAUCUGAGCAUGCGCCUGGGCGAUCACAUGAUGCUCAUCCAACUGCAGCUGAGCACUGUUAAUCCAACUGGAGCGGCCACGGCCGCAACCACCAGCGCAGCGCUGCCAGCAGCCACAAGCAGCAGCAAUCACAACAACAACAACAACAACAACAGCAGCAGCAGCAGCACUUCCUCCAGCAACAACAACAACAAUAAUAACCACAUCAAUAGCAUCUGCACUAGCAAUGGCUCCAGUUGCGCAUUGGUCAAUGGAUCUCAGCAGGCGCGUUCGAUAGCCCAGCGCAUGCACUCGGCCGCACGUUUGGGCAGCGGCCAUGUGCACAGUCAUCAGCAUCCGAGUCUGGUGCAUCGGCAUCAUAGCCACAGCCAUCAUCAUCAUCAUCAUCACCAUCAUCACAAUGCCUCCGCUUUGGCUGCGGGCAGCGCUGGCGGCUCGAGCACACGCAGCAAGGAUCCGGAGCGUCGCAUGCUGACAGCCGGCAGUAGCAACACCAGCAGCAGCAACAAGACGCCAGCAGCAGCAGCAGCAGCCAUAACAGCAACCACAGGUGUAAAGCGUCCCGAUCUGAGCUCCAUACUAAGCAAGCGCGACUAUGAAAGUCUGCAGAAUAUAGUGAAGAGCAUAGCGCUAACCAAAGCGCCACGCACGAGCAGCAGCAACAGCAACACAACUGGCAGCAGCAGCAGUCAGACUGUGGCAACGGAGCAAUCGCCCAUCAAGUCGCUAUCGAAUCUCGUCUCGAGUCCUAUUAAGACGACAGCCAUUAAGAACAUUCCCAUUGCGUCGAGCUCCAGCGCAGCGGCUGCUGCUGCUGCUGCAGAAACAACAGCAAAGCCAGUGGCUGCCAGUGGCAACAGCAGCUGCCCCAGCGGUGGCUGCCAACAGGAUCCCAUAUCGGCCAAGCUAACUUCAUGUCUCUGCACGCGGCUGAACCAAACUCAGUCGCAGUCCCAGUCUCAGACCCAGACUGCAGCCAAGGCAAAGGUAGAAGCAACAGCAAAUGCUAACAAUACAGUUGCGCUUGUUGCCAGCAGCACACGCGCUGCAGCAGCAGCAGCAACCAACAGCAGCAACAACAGUGCGUUGCAUAAGACAGUGAACAAUGCAAUUGCGCAAACGCGUUCGAAGCAUCGUCAUCAUCAUCAUCAUCAUCACCACCAUCAUCACUAUCAUCAUGCAGCUGCUGCCAUGGCACAAAAGUCGCUCGAAACGGUAACAACAGUUGCCAAAACCAGCAGCAGCAGCAUCAACAGCAUUAACAGCAACAGCAGCGGCUGCAGCAGCGGCAGCAACAGCGAGCUGGAUGAAGCUGGUCUCGCUGUCUCCGAUACGCGCACGCUGGCGGAGGCGUCACGCAACUUGACGCAAACGCUGCGCAAACUUUCGAAGGAGGUGUUCACCAACAAGAUCGAUCUGUCCGGCGCUGCUGGCAGCAGCAGCAGCGGCGGCAGUCUGGGCAUUGGCUCCGGCAUUGGCGCUGGCGAGGAGACGCCACGCAAGAGCGGCUCGGGUGCCGUCAUUGAGUCGAUGAAGAAUCACGGCAAGGGCAUCUACUCGGGCACAUUCUCGGGCACGCUCAAUCCGGCGCUGCAGGAUCGCUAUGGACGCCCCAAGCGCGACAUCUCCACAGUCAUUCACAUACUCAACGAUCUGCUAAGUGCCACGCCCCAGUACAGUCGUGGCGCCCGCAUCAGCUUCGAAACACCAGCGAGCAGCAGCAACAGCAUCACUGCUGCCAGCAGCACGCCAGCAACAUUGCAAGCCGAGCCGCGCAGCAAGCUCUACACCAAGCAUCACAACUGCGCCAAGUGCAACAGUCGCGUGCAGCAGCAACAGGCUGCUGCUGCUGCCGCCGCCUACGCUGCCGGCAGCUGCGCCUAUGGCGAAUGCAAUGGCCACUACGUCAGCAAAUCCGCCGCUGCCGUCGCCGCCGCUGCUGGCAAAUCCUCGUUUAGCUGCUGCAGCAGCAGCAACAACAGCAGCAGCAACAGCAGCAGCGAUGCCAGCAACAACAAGGACGCGAAGCCAGCAACUGUUGCUGGCUGCAGCUGUCGCUUUGGCGCCAAGCUGGGCGAGGAUGGGCAGCGCGAGCGCGAACACACCUGCGUCAAGUGCGUCGCUCAGCUGGCCAAUCAGAAGACCAAGUCCAAGCUGGAUCAAAUUCGUCUGGUCAUGCAGCAGCGCAAGCAAAAGCGCGAGGCGCGCAAGCUCAAGAGCUCGCCCUACGCUGCCGCCGCCGAAGCAAGCGGCGCAGCAGCAACUGGAGCUGCUGCUACUGCUACCGAGUCCAGCUCGCAGUACAGUGGGGUUAGUGCGUUGGUUGCCACGCCGCUGCAGGCCAGCAAGCCCACACUGAGCAGCACUGAGACGGCAGCAGCAACAGCAGCAACUGCAACAGCAGCAACUACAACAGCAACAGCAGCCGCUGCAGCAGCAGCAGCAGCUACAGCUGCAACUGCAACACAGGCAAACGAAGUAUCGCCCAAUCAUAUUGUCGAGGAAGUGGAUACAGCCGCUUAAAUGGACUGCGCUCAACAUUAUUUGUUGCAUUUACUAAAUUGUUGCAGAGCUGCAGAGACUAAAACAACAACAGCAAUGGAAAUUUUCAAAACGCACUUCCCGCACAACAAGAAGAAGCAGCAGCAGCAGCAGACGCAGAAGCAGCACACAUUUUAAUAUGCAAUUGGUCUUAUGCGAUAUUUAAAACAAUGGAUAAACUAUAACUUUGA